ACAAACCAAGGAACACUUCGCCAGCGAGAUCAACACCGUCUCUUUCGCCCUUGCCUCCGGGUUUUCAGUGCCCAAGCCCUCCUCGUCGAGUGUCCUCCUCACAACCAGUGACAAAAAUCAUGAUUCCUACGACAAGAUCAAAACCAUGAUUUCUAACCGAUACAGACAUGAAGAAUGCUACUGCUGCUGCCUCCACAUCCAUAAACCUCAUCAAAAGCCUCCGUGAAUCUGACAUUCGCUCUGUGGCCAACUGUUACGCUGCCCAGCUUCAACUAUGCUGCCCACAUAGUUCCACCUCCUAUUCCCUCGCCCGUUGCGUCCAUGCCCACAUGAUUACUUCUGGGUUCAGGCCACGCGGCCACAUCCUCAACCGUUUGAUCGAUAUCUAUUGCAAAUCGUCUUAUCUUGUCUACGCUCACCACUUGUUCGACAAAAUUCCCGAACCAGACAUUGUUGCAAGAACGACGAUGAUUGCUGCAUACUCCGCUGCUGGUAACCCAGAGUUGGCCCGAGAGAUAUUUAGAAGAACCCCGUUAAGUGUUCGGGACACUGUUUGCUACAAUGCCAUGAUCACAGGCUAUUCACAUAAUAAUGACGGUCAUGCUGCUAUUGAACUCUUUCGUGACAUGAAGCAGGAUGAUUUUGAGCCUGAUAAUUACACUUUCACUAGCAUACUUGCUGCUUUGGCACUCAUUGCUGAUCAAGAAACUCAUUGCCAGCAGCUACAUUGUGCAGUUGCGAAAUCAGGAACUGGGUUGGUCACUUCAGUAGUAAAUGCCCUUAUAUCGGUUUAUGUGAAGUGUGCCUCUUCACCAUUAGCAUCUUCAUCAUUAUUGAUGGCUGCAGCCAAGAAGUUAUUUGAUGAGAUGCGUGUGAGAGAUGAGUUGUCAUGGACAACAAUCAUUACAGGUUAUGUGAGGAAUGGUGAUCUUGAUGCAGCUCGUCAAGUUUUUGAUGGGAUGAAUGAAAAAUUGGUGGUUGCAUGGAAUGCGAUGAUUUCAGGUUACGUGCAUAAUAGUUUCGUGCCUGAAGCAUUGGAAAUGUUCAGAAAGAUGCAUUUAUCAGGGAUAAAGCAUGAUGAGUUUACAUACACAAGUGUUCUUAGCGCUUGUGCUAAUGCUGGAUUGUUCCUCCAUGGAAAGCAGGUGCACGCUUACAUUCUACGGAUGGAAAAACUUUCACAGGAUGUUUCAUUGUCUGUGAAUAAUGCAUUGAUUACCUUGUAUUGGAAAUGUGGCAAAGUUGAUGAAGCCCGGUUGAUUUUUAGUAGCAUGCCCACAAGAGACCUUGUUUCAUGGAAUGCAAUUUUAUCAGCGUAUGUGAAUGCUGGGCGAAUUAAUGAAGCUAGGUCUUUUUUUACUGAGAUGCCAGAGAGAAACCUUUUGACAUGGACCGUUAUGAUAUCAGGACUUGCACAGAAUGGGUUUGGGGAAGAAGGUCUGAAGCUGUUUAGCCAGAUGAAGUUAGAGGGGCUCAAGCCAUGUGAUUAUGCAUUUGCAGGAGCUAUUACUUCUUGUGCUGCGCUUGCAGCAUUGGAGCAUGGACGCCAGCUCCAUGCUCAGCUUGUCCGGUUUGGUUUUGAUUCAAGCCUCUCAGCUGGUAAUGCACUAAUAACAAUGUAUGCUAGAUGUGGUGUUGUUGAGGCUGCACACUGUGUGUUUCUAACAAUGCCUUAUGUGGAUUCGGUAUCUUGGAAUGCCAUGAUUGCUGCUUUGGGGCAGCAUGGACAUGGUGCUCAAGCUCUAGAACAUUUCGAACAGAUGUUGAAGGAAAACAUAUUACCUGAUCGGAUAACCUUCCUCACAGUUCUCUCCACUUGUAGCCAUGCAGGUCUAGUUAAACAAGGACGUAAUUAUUUCAAUUCCAUGUAUAAACUAUAUGGUAUAAGUCCAGGUGAAGAUCACUAUGCCCGUCUAAUUGAUUUGUUGUGUCGAGCUGGAAAAAUCUCUGAAGCAAAAGACGUGGUCCAGACUAUGCCUUUUGAGCCAGGUGCUCCAAUUUGGGAGGCUCUGCUUUCUGGUUGCCGGAUUCAUGGGAACAUGGAUGUGGGGAUCGAGGCUGCAGAACGACUGUUUGAGCUGAUGCCACAACAUGAUGGAACUUACAUACUUUUGUCAAACAUGUAUGCCAAUGUGGGCCGGUGGGAUAGCGUGGCCAAAGUGCGGAAGUUGAUGAGGGACCGAGGGGUGAAGAAGGAGCCCGGUUGUAGUUGGGUUGAGGUUGAAAGCAGUGUACAUGUAUUCUUGGUGGAUGACACAGUGCACCCUGAGGUGCAAGCAGUGUACAACUAUCUUGAAGAGCUGGGACUGAAGAUGAGGAAAUUAGGAUAUGUUCCUGACACCAAAUAUGUGUUGCAUGAUAUGGAAUCUGAACAAAAAGAGUAUGCUUUAUCUACUCACAGUGAGAAGCUUGCAGUUGCAUUUGGGCUCCUGAAGCUUCCACUUGGAGCCACGGUUAGGGUCUUCAAGAACCUUAGGAUCUGUGGGGACUGCCAUAAUGCAUUCAAGUUCAUGUCAAAGGUGGUAGCAAGAGAAAUCAUUGUGAGAGAUGGAAAGAGGUUUCACCAUUUUAGGAAUGGUGAUUGCUCUUGUGGCAAUUACUGGUGAGCCAAGUUUUUGUGAGAAUUGAUUAUCUACCUCGGACAGUUAAGGCGGAAAUGCGCUGGGGAGUUAUCUGAAGCGGAGGCAUACCACGGAAUGAUGGAAAAGCCGCUGAUCUUUUUCUUUAAGAGAAGAAGCUUGAGAAGAAACACCAGCAGUUAUAGUCUCAUGGAAGGAUUGAAACUGAUUGCUCAUGGACCUUAGUGCACAAUCAGACUGAUUCCUUGGUCUUUGAAUCUCAACACCCAAAGAACUUGACGGCUUUGUGCGAUAUUCAAUUUGGCUCCUCAUUCUUAGAAUAGUUUUCAUUCUGCAUAACGUGUGAAGGCUGAUGAACAGAUUCAUGGUGGUUUUUUAUUAUCACACUGACAAAUAGUGGAAUCAUGUCUUUCGGAAACUCAUAUUUCCCCACAGAUGCGCAUAUGUUUUUUGGCAUGCAAAAUUUUGUUGGGCGGAUCUCUUGAAUUUUGUUAGGGAAGCAAACACAUGCCAUUGCUGUGAACUUUGGUACAACUACCAAGAUUAGCUAACCUAUGUUUUUGAGAAAGCUGUGCCAGAAAUCCUCUGGUUAUGCCAGACGGAGAAUUUUAGUUAUGCAGGAGCUUAAGAGAGAAAGCAGGGGUUUCACAACAAUUGGGGAUGUGCAGGGGUAUGCUCACUGAAGUUGCACAUCUGGUCUGCCCUCUUUACCUGGUUUUGCAACAUUGUUGCUGACGGAUAAAUGCAAUGAUCAAAUAGAAUGGUCUUCACAAAGAUCAAUUUUUUGAUGGAUACGACUUAAACAAUGAUUCAUAUACACACAAUCAUAUUGAAACACAAAUAUGUAUACAUUGCUGUGGUUCUGAGCCUCUUGUUCUAAAUAAAAAUAAAAUAAAAUAAUUAUCUCUGAUGUUGUUUCUAAACUGA